AUGAGCCUCAUUGGAUUCAGCAUCUACAGUAUUGUCAUGGGAGGCAAAGACAUGAGCGUAGCCCAGAUAGGACGAGCCACGACGGAUGUAACGAAGGGAAUUUUCGACAUCCUCACUCAUUUUCUCCUGAGAACUGAAGUUAAUAAUAGCUUUGAGUCCAACGUUUACGACUCCAACCUCGAGGACCUCGCUAAAGGUGGAAACAAGAACGCAUCAAGAGAGACUACUUGCGUCGCUAUAAGUAUUGUUGUUAUCGCGUUCAUAAUUUGGGAUUUGUGCAACCAAUGGGAUAAGCUCUCCGGAGCUGGCAGAGGAUUAGCGACUGAAUAUAUUGCUAUUCUGGUGGCUGCUGUGAUCGUUGGGAUUAUUGGCUUGUUCUCUACGUGUGCCUUCAUCCCCGUCAUUGGACAAGUUAUUCUGGUGGUUGGUUUGAUUAUUUCGUUUUUCUCCUUGGUUUAUGGCAGACCAGAACCCGAGAAGACCCCUGGUGAGAAGUUUGUUGACAAUAUGAGGGGAUACAAUGGCUGGCUCGAGAAGAUCGAUGAUCCUCCUUCGACUGCACUCGAGUGUGCCAUUACUCCAACCGAGAUACCCAAGGACGCAGGUUUCUCUUUCCAAAUCACCGGCAAGAACACCAAGGGUUCGAGUACUCAGUUCAUCAUUAAACCUAAUACUGAGAAACUUUCAUCUUACACUAAAGCUCUCUAUAUCAAGUUUGGUUUCACCACUGGCUACUACACCGUCUGCCUGUUCAGCAACGAGUCUUUCAGUACUGCCCCCGAUGCCAAAAAUGGAAAAUACACCUACAGUGGUCCAGAUGAUCCUUUCCAGACGAUGCUACGAGCCGAAUGGCAAAAUUGA